AUGGACAACACUCAGAAUCAACCGCUACCACCUGGUGUUGGAACAUGGCCGCAGGCACCUCCCAGUCACCAGCCACAAUGCCAUGCUGAUCUGCAGUCUUAUCAUCCACUUGAUGCUAGACCUGACAAUGCUAGUGCCAAUAGUAGUGGUAGUGCAGCAAACAUUGAGUCAGCUGUCCAAGAGGCUGUUCUUCACGCGCAGGACAUUGAGACCCAGCAAGUAAUACAGAAUCAAAGAUAUGCAAACACAACAAGUGAAUCUACAACAUAUGGGGAAGACUUACUUUCGAACCGCCGUGACCCUAGUGCAUUGAAGGAGCACUUAUUAAAGAUGACAGCUGAUCAUCGUGCAGAGAUGGCAAGCAAACGGGGGAAGCCACUUCAUCCAAACAAUGGCAACUGUGAAAUUGGCAAUGGCUAUGGUGUACCAGGAGGCGGUGCUUACUAUACUGCAAACUUGCCAAGUGCUCAAAUGAAUAAACCUAGAGAUGAAACUGAUAAAGCAAAAUGUGCAAACGAUCUCCCUGAUUUUUUGAAGCAGAGGUUAAGGGCAAGGGGAAUUCUCAAAGAUGAGACAGCAAAUAAGAACAACAUGGGUACACAGACUGUGGAUUCUCAAGAAAGCCAGAACAAAUCUGCGCAAGAGUUUCCUCCUGGUUGGGUUGAAGCAAAGGACCCGACAACUGGUGCACCUUACUUCUACAAUCAAAGCACCGGAGUGAGUCAAUGGGAUCGCCCUGUCAAUGUUUUGAAUACCAUGCAACAUCAAGUUCCUCCAUCCUUGCCAGAGAACUGGGAGGAGGCAAUUGACAAAUCAACAGGCCACAAAUACUAUUAUAACACGAAGACACAGACAACACAGUGGGAACCUCCUACUUCUGUGAACACCAGUGUUACACCUCCAGCUUCCACCAACACUGCAGUUGAGCCAGUCGCUCAAACUGCAGAUAUUUGGAACUCUCAAAUGCAGAGAUGUUUGGGCUGUGGCGGAUGGGGAGUUGGUCUUGUCCAACCCUGGGGAUACUGCAAUCACUGCACAAGGGUUCAAAAUCUUCCUUUUCAACAGUAUCCAUCUUAUGCAAAUAAUACAAUGCACGCCAGUGGUAACAAUGCUCCCAAAACUCAGGGGAAUGUUUCAGCUAAGGACAGAUCAAGCUCAAAACCACCCUUAGGGAAAACAAACAGAAAAGAUCACCGCAAAAGAAAUCGCCCCGAGGACGAUGAGCUUGACCCAAUGGACCCGAGUUCUUACUCAGAUGCUCCACGUGGUGGCUGGGUUGUUGGUUUGAAGGGUGUUCAACCACGAGCAGCAGAUACUACCGCAGCUGGACCUUUGUUCCAACAAAGACCAUAUCCCUCACCGGGUGCUGUGUUGAGAAAAAAUGCAGAGGUAGCAACCCAUGGCAAGAAACGUGGUGGUAUGGCUCCGAUAACAAAAAGAGGAGAUGGCAGCGACGGACUUGGGGAGGCAGAUUAG